AUGUCCCGGGCAAGUGGGCAGUUCUCUGCAUUCCUCGUAGCGUGCCAGCUGCUGAGCCCAGCUUCGACUGAGUCUGGUGUGCGCGUGGAUCCUACGACCCAGAGCUUUGUAGACUCCACAGGGCGAAGCGUUCUCUUCCACGGCAUCAAUGUAGUGGGCAAGAACUCUCGGAAGGAGCAGGAGCUCUCAGACAAACAGAUGGAUGUCAUGAAGGACCUGGGCUUCAAUGUAGCGCGAGUGGGUUUGAGUUGGGACCUGUACGAGACGAAGCCAGGGAUCUUCGACGAGACGUACCUGGACUUUGUGGAAGCGCAGGUGAACGGAUUGGGAAGUCGGGGCAUUCUGUCCUUCCUGGACAUGCACCAGGACCUUCUGGCCAAACAGUACUGUGGACACGGACUGCCUGAAUGGCACAUGUGGCCAUCGGAUUCAGAUGACUUCCACAGAAAUGGCCGAUGGGCAUUUCCCAAUCCUGUGGCCAAACCGAAAUACGGUCCAAAUGAUACCUACUCAGGGCCAUACGGUCGGAUCAGCAACUGCGGUGAAGCGGAGUCUGGAAAGAUCGGGUGGGCUGGGCUCUACAUGACCCGUGCCCUCUCCAACGCAGCCCAGCUCCUCUACAACAAUGAGUCAGGGAGGCUCGAUGCCUUCGCCGGCUUCUGGCGCAAGGUUGCUCGGAGGUUCCGGAACAAUCAGUAUGUCUUAGCCUACGAGCUCAUCAACGAGCCUUGGUUGGGCGAUGUCUUUGCAGAUCCGUCUCUUCUGGUUCCUUCUCGCGCCGACAAGGUGAUUCUGGAAGCUUUUUAUGAACGACUGCACACCGCAAUCCGCGAGGAAGACAAUGACACGAUCAUCUUCUUUGAGCCAGCCACGGGAGGAAACAUCUUUGACACCACGCACUACGGUUCAGACACUUCUCCUGGUGGGGCUGGGUUCCGACACAAGACUGCUUUCAGUUAUCACAUCUACUGUCCUUGGGUGCAGACAGACAUGCCCGGUACAUCAUCCUCUCGGCUGAAAGAAUGGCUCUGUGAGAAAUUCAAUGGCUGGCAGUUUGGCAUCAGGGCAUCAGACACUAAGCGGCUGAAGGUGGCAGCUAUACUGAGUGAGUUCGGGGCCGUGAAUGCAAGCGACCCAGUCAUGCGAAGGUUGCUCGACUUCUCGAUGAAUGCCAUGGACACGAAUCUACACUCCUGGGCAUACUGGUAUAUGAUCCCAAGGGAGGAUGGCAAGAACCCUGAAGCGCCAGUCUUGGCAAGAACCUACGCCAGACGGGUGGCAGGAGUGAUCCGGAGCAUGAGCUUCGAUAUGGCCUCUGGCAACUUCACUCUUCGGUAUGCAGCGGAUCCAUCGAUAGCAGCACGUACAGAGAUCUUUGCAAGUUGCCAGCACCACUACCCACAUGGGCUGGACUACUCUUUGGAGCCUGCAACUGCAGGGAAGGUUCACCAAGAUGGCAACCUCAUAUGGAUCGAUCAUUCAGCAGACCUGCCGCAAAACCUUACGGUGACCGUCCAAGUAUGGCAGAAGGCGGCGAAGAGCGGUCACUUGCAGCCGAUGCUGCUGACCGUGUAG